CCGCAGCACGCAUUCUGGGCAUAAACGAUAAGCUACCAUGAAGUCUGCAUUCAUCGCCGCUCUUCUCUUUAUCGUCGUCGAAGGGGCCCAGGAUCACUCCGGUGCCCGAACCUUCGUAACUUCCCAAAAUGUGGGGAUCAGCGGCGACAGUCACUCAGCGCAUCACCUCGACCAUGCAACGCACGUCGUUUCUGGCCACGAGCAUCACCACCAGGACGCCCAGACCCAGCAAGAAGUGAUUGCCGUAUCUUCUGAUGCCAUACGGGUCAAAAACGUGCCAGUCUUCGUCGGGCAGAUCGUCAACGUUAGAGUCGUCUCCACGGUCCCACAAGCCAGCGGCGGUACCGUCAUCGGUGCUUCGGGUGUUGUCUCAUCUCUUGUCGAGACCCAACAGCAAGUCGUCAGCAACAUCACUGCCGGCUUCGGAAACGCCGUGCAAAACUUCGUGAACCCGGUUGUGGCUCCCCUUCACAACGCUUCCGUCUGGCUCAACCGCACCUCUCAAACCAUCUCGGUCGGGAGCCAUCCGCACGACCAUGCUCACCACCAUCACCUUGGCGCCCACACAGCCACCCACGUCCACGAGAGUCAUCACGAACACGGCCACGACCACCACGGCAGUGCUCAGCCGUCCUCGGGGGGACCUAUCUCUGUCUUGGUCAUCCAAGACCAACAGCGUCCAGCAGCUACCAUCGGUGCCGGCGUCCCGACGUCUUUGGGCACCUCGUCUGAUGCUUCGACUGGGCAGAUCCUCACCUUGGGUAACUCGGCUUCAGCGUCUGGCGGUCAAUUCUUCUCUUUCGGAGCACCCGCCCCGGUCGCUGCUCUUGGCAAUUUCUUGGCGUCGGCAGUCGCUCCAAUCUUCGGGACCGCUGGCCCUGCGUCGACCUUCCAAGCUGCCCUACCUUCGUCCACGGUGCCUGCAACUGCCGCUUUUGCUAAUGGUACAGAGACUGCUUCCAGUCUUUUGUUUAACGUCACUGGCACUACCGCAGAUUCCACGGUCGUGCCUGCGGCCCCGGUGAGUGCCGUCUCGGCCGGAGCUCCUCUGCAGUCCAUCGUCACUUCCAAGCCGAAGAAUCGCACUGCGUGAUUUUUGAGUGACGCCUCUUUACAUACGGUCCUUAGGAAUGUUUUUUGAUAGGCUUUUUUUUGUACGCAUCCUGGCAUGACGAGACUCGCUUGGUCGGCAAUAAAGCACUGCUUUUACACGCUA